AUGUCCCACAUCACAAAGAAAAGGAAAUUAGACAAGAAUGUGCAGGAUAACCUGUACUUUGACAGCUAUUCUGAUGUUACCAUUCACGAGGAAAUGAUUGCAGACACUGUCCGGACGAACACGUACAGGACAGGGAUACUGCGGAACAGCAGUUCGAUUCAAGGGAAAGUAGUGUUGGAUGUCGGGGCAGGAACCGGUGUUCUAAGCAUAUUUUGCGCCCAAGCCGGGGCCAGGAAAGUUUACGCGGUGGAGGCUAGUUCAAUCGCUGAUCAAGCUGUUAAAAUCGUUAAACACAAUAAGAUGGAAGACAUAAUUGAUGUGAUUAAAGGGACUCUGGAGACAAUCGAUUUGCCGGAGCAGGUGGACGUGAUAGUAAGCGAGUGGAUGGGGUACGCGCUGCUUCACGAAUCUAUGCUGAAUUCUGUCCUGUUCGCCCGCGACAAAUGGCUUAAAGCCGGCGGCCUUAUUUUACCUUCCAAGGCUGAACUGUACAUUGCACCCAUCAAUGACUUGGUCGUGGAGGACCGGCUAAGUUUCUGGUCAACUGUGAAGGACCAGUACGACGUGGACAUGUCGUGCAUGUCUGACUUCGCCAGGAAAUGCAUCAUGAGCAAUGACAUCACCGUGAACUUGGUGACGGUAGAGGACGUGCUCUCCCACCCCUCCAAGUUCGCCGAGUUGGAUCUGUACUCGGUUACCGCGGAGCAGCUGAAAUCCGUGAAGGGGGCAUUCAAGUGCGAGUGUUUCGGUUCGUCUGCCGUGAACGCGCUCUGCGUGUGGUUCACGGUAACCUUUCCCGGUGGCGAGGAGAAGCCCCUGGUCCUCUCCACAUCUCCGUUCAAACAGGAGACGCACUGGAAGCAGGCGGUGUUGUAUCUGGAUGAACCGGUGGAUGUUAGACAGGACACCACAGUGGUGGGCGAGGUCAACAUGUAUCCCUCAGAGGACAGUUCCAGACAUAUAUGCAUCCACGUGGACUACACUAUAGGGGAACUCAAAAAACAGUCCAAGACCUUCUCCAUCCCUGAUGGUUAUUCGGGAGAGGCUCAACAGUAG